CGAAGCCCGCAGUGUGGUCCGAGCCGGUGCUGCGCGCGGUCUUGCGUCCCUGCCUGCACUCCUGUGGACCCCGGGACGCUUUCGGGAGUGUCAAAGAGGCAACGUCUCCAAGUUCUUGGAGGGUUUGCGAAGUUUAGCCGAAGAGGAGAUAGCGCCCGGCGUCGCGCCGCCAGAGCCGAGGCCGGGACAGCAGAGCGCGCGUGUCCUCGUAGCCCGCCGGGCCGAGACGGGUGCAGCCCGCGCCCCAGUGCACCCGCUCCGUCUCUCUCUCUCUCUGCCCCGUCAUGGACGGGUUGGAAGAGGCGGAGGCCGACUGCUCCGUAGCGUUCGCCGAGGCUCAAAGAUGGGUGGAGGCAGUAACAGAGAAGAAUUUUGAAAGAAAGGAUUUCCGAGCCUCUCUAGAAAAUGGUGUUCUGUUGUGUGAUUUGGUCAAUAAGCUUAAACCUGGCAUCAUUAAGAAGGUGAAUAGGCUAUCCACACCAAUAGCAGGCUUGGAUAACAUCAGCGUUUUUUUGAAAGCUUGUGAACAGCUUGGAUUGAAAGAAGCCCAGCUUUUCCAUCCUGGGGAUCUGCAGGAUUUAUCCAAUCGAGUCACUGUGAAGCAAGAAGAGACCGAUAGGAGGGUGAAAAAUGUUUUGAUAACGUUGUACUGGCUGGGAAGAAAGGCACAAAGUAACCCCUACUAUAAUGGGCCCUAUCUUAAUUUGAAAGCAUUUGAAAAUCUUUUAGGACAAGCUCUGACUAAGGCACUUGAAGACCCCAGCUGCCUGGCCAGGAGCCGCAGGAGCAGUGUCUGCAGUGAUUUCUGGUAUCCUGAGCGUGUGGAAUUCCCUGACCUUCCUGGCAAUCCAAAGAGAGACAAUACUUUUGAAAGCUUGGACUCUUGGGGGUCUGGAACACUGUCAAGUGGAUUCUCUGACGUCACAUUGAGAGGGGUUCGUGAAGGUUCUGAAAGUGAAACGGAUUCUGAGCUCAUAUUCAAAAUGCAAGAUUUAAAUAAAGAUGAUAUGUCCUAUCGAAGGAUUUUGGCUAUUGAGCCAAAGUCUGCUCUACCAUUCAAUCGCUUUUUACCCAACAAAAGUCGACAGCCAUCCUAUAUGCCAGCACCCUUGAGGAAGAAAAAACCAGACAAAAAUGAGGACAACAGAAGGAGCUGGGCAAGCCCAGUCGAUACAGAAUCAGAUGGAACAUUUUCCAGUAACCAGAGGAGAACUUGGGGCAGCAGUGUGCAGCACUGGCCGGCAGUACAAGGAACUUCAGACUCCUCUUGUUAUUUGGAAGAGGAACAAGAAAAAGCAACAAACGUUCCCAACACUGUCAAGGAUGACCUCUAUGUGCGAAAGCUAAGUCCAGUUGUACCAAACCCAGGAACUUCUGUUGAUCAGUUUCUCCCUAAAUGCUGGAUCCCAGAAGACGUGAACUGGAAAAGACUAAAAAGGGAAACUUAUAAGCCAUGGUAUAAAGAAUUUCAGGGAUUCAGUAGAUGGAAUUCAGACUUGGAGGAUGACGACUCGGGUUGUGACAGAAGCUCCAGCAUUUUCAGUAAAAUACAAAGAGCAGAGCAUAGGCUAGACAGCAGCCGUCAACGACAUUUACUCUUGUUGGAACUGGCUACCAGACGGGCCGCAAAAUCACGGGACACACACCCAGCCAGGAGAGGCAGCGGUGCUUCGGACGAGCCCAGUCAGUUUUUAUUGCUUCAGGCUUUCCAAACAUACUCUGAUGACAUCUUGUCUUCUGAAACAAAUGUCAGAAUUGAUCCCACUUCUGGCCCAAGGCUCAUAACACGCAGAAGGAAUCUCUCUCAGGCGCCAGGCCAUGGAAGAGGGGACUUGGAGUUGUCAGCCCUGGAUCCUGACUUGCAGAAUGAUGACUUCUUUGUCAGAAAGACUAGGGCUUUCCAUGCAAAUCCGUGUGUUCUCCGAGCCUUUGAGGACUUUCGAAGGUACUCCGAACAAGAUGAUCCUGUCGAGCGAGAUAUAAUUUUGCAAUGUAGAGAAGGGGAACUUGUACUCCCGGAUUUAGAAAAAGACGACAUGAUCGUCCGUCGAAUGCCAGCACAGAAGAAAGAAGUGCCUCUAUCUGGGGCCCCAGAUAGAUACCAACCAGUCCCUUUCCCUGAACCCUGGGCUCUUCCUCCAGAAAUUCAAGCCAGAUUUCUCAGUGUGCUUGAAAGGACAUGUCCCUCCAAAGAAAUAAGUACUAGCUGUAGGAUAUUAGUUCCUUCAUAUGGGAGGAAGAAAGAUGACAUGUUGGCUCGUAAGAUCCAGUCUUGGAAGCUGGGGAUGACCGUGCCUCCUGUGAGCUUCACUCCUGGCCCUUGCAGUGAGGCCGACUUAGAGAAAUGGGAAGCCAUCCGUGAGGCCAGCCGGCGUCGGUACAAGAAGCGGCUGAUGGUGGAGAGACUCUUUCAAAAGAUUUAUGGUGAGAAUGGGAGCAAGUCCAUGAGUGAUGUCAGUGCGGAAGAUGUGCAACAUUUGCGUCAGCUGCGUUAUGAAGAGAUGCAGAAAAUAAAAUCACAGUUGAAAGAGCAAGACCAGAAAUGGCAAGAUGACCUUGCAAAAUGGAAAGAUCGGCGGAAAAGUUACACUUCGGAUCUACAAAAGAAAAAGGAGGAGAGAGAGGAAAUUGAAAAGCAGGCUCUUGAGAAGUCUGCAAGGAGCUCCAAGACGUUUAAGGAGAUGCUGCAGGACAGGGAAUACGAACAUGAGAGGUCUACAAGUACGCUAAGAAAAAUGUAUUCUUCUGAUGAUGUGUUCAACAAUGAAGAGCUGCCCACAAGACUGACUGUGUCAGAAGCAAUCUAUCAGAGUGAGACAGUGCAAAAGGAGCUAGCCCCUACAGUAACUCUGUCAGAAGCAAGUUACCAGAGUGAGAGAGUUGAACAGAAGGGCCCAACAUAUCCUAUGGAAAUUCCUGGAGAAGAUUCUACAACUUUCUCAAAGAGAGAGGACAGUGUGCUAGCUGAAUUCCAGCUUUCCUCGCAGAAGCCGGCAGGAGAGCGUCCACCUUAUGUAUCUCCUGAUCAUGCACUGAACACACAAAUGGAGGCUCCUCGAGUUUCAGCUUCUCUCCCCAGGAGCUACCAGAAAACUGAUACAGCCAGGUUGACAUCUGUGGUCACAGCGAGACCUUUUGGCUUCCAGUCAAGGGGAACCGCAUCGCUCCCCAGAUCUUACACGAUGGACAAUGGUUGGAAGUAUAAUGGAAAUUUCAGAAGCAUCAAGAGCAUUCAGAACAGUUCGGUCAGCACCUCUGUCCCCAAAGUUGAAACAAGCCACCUGUCUGCAAGUGCGUCCAUUGAGAGACAGGCAGCCACAGAAGAUGUGAUGAGGCUGCCUUCUCCUACACCCUCCCUCUCGUCCUUAUCCCAAGACCAGCCUGACACCUCUAAAGCCACAUCGUCUUCAGUGUCUGGCAUUGAUUCAAAGUCUGAGUUUGGACAAGAGAGAUACCCUCUACAAGGAGAGGUUUCCAGCUCACUGGAUCAGUUUAGUGAUAUGAGAAUCAGCAUAAACCAGACGCCUGGGAACAGUGUUGACUUUGGCUUUACAGUAAAAUGGGACUUUUCCGGGAUCUUCGUAGCAUCAGUUGAAGCAGGCAGCCCAGCAGAAUUUUCUCAGCUCCAGGUUGAUGAUGAAAUUAUUGCCAUUAACAACAACAAAUUUUCAAAUAAGGAUAAAAAAGAGUGGGAGGAAGCCAUGGCUAAGGCUCAAGAAACUGGAAACCUAGUUAUGGAUGUCAGACGCUAUGGAAAGUCUGACUGGGGCAAAGACCAGCCUUCCUUGCCAUUUACACGCCAUAAAAUUCUGAAUCUCACCAGUAUGGCUACCAAAAUUAUAGGUGCACCUGAAACAAAGUGGAUCGAUACAACUUCUGGAAUUUACAGUUCUGAGAAGUCUUCGAGUGUGUCAGUAACAACUGAUUUCUCUGAAAGCCUUCAGAGUCCUAAUACUGAAUCCAAAGAAAUCAAUGGGAUUCAUGAUGAAAGCCACAUUUAUGAAUCAAAAGCAAGUGAACCCAUAUCUUUGAAAAACUUAAAAAGGCGGUCACAAUUUUUUGAACAAGGAAGCUCUGAUUCUGUGGCUCCUGAUCUGCCCGUGCCAACUGUUAGCACGCCCAGUCGCUGGGCCUGGGAUCAGGAGGAGGAGCGCAGGAGGCAGGAGCGUUGGCAGAAGGAGCAGGACCGGCUGCUGCAGGAGAAAUACCAGCGUGAGCAGGAGAAGCUGAGAGAAGAGUGGCAAAGGGCUCAACAGGAGGCUGAGAGGGAAAACUCCAAGUACCUAAAUGAGGAACUGAUGGUCCUGAACUCACACAGCGUUUCUCUGACUGCUCGAGAGCCCACAGUUGCCACCUGGGAGGCAUCCUGGAGUGAAGGGUCCAAGUCUUCGGACAGGGAAGGAACCCGUGCUGGCGAGGAGGAGAGGGAUCAACAGUCAGAGGACGUGGCUCUCGAGGAUCAGAGAAAGCAACUGCAGGAGCAGCUGGUGCUUGAGAGAGAGAGGAAAUUGAGGGAGCAGCAGCAGUACCAGGAGGAGCUGGAUCGGCGGCAGCAAGAGGCCGAGGCCGAGAGGCGCCGGGUGGAGGAGCAGCGGCAGCGAGAGGCCGAGGCGGAGGCCCAGAGGCAGCAGUACCAGGAGGAGCAGGAGCGACGGCAGCGAGAGGCCGAGGUGGAGGCCCAGAGGCAGCAGUACCAGGAGGAGCAGGAGCGACGACAGCGAGAGGCCGAGGCAGAUGCCCAGAGGCGCCGGGCAGAGGAGCAGAAGCACCUGGCAGAGAGAGAGAGGGAAACGUCCAUCAGAAUUUACCAGUACAGGAGGCCCAUUGAUUCCUAUGAUCUGUCAAAGACAGAGGAAGAAUCUUCAGGUUUGCUUCCUACUGACAGGAAUAAAUCUAAGUCUACUACUGAACUGCAUGAGAUUUCCCCAAAUAAAAAUGGAAGCAGCAGAUAUUUAGACCGCAGUGGGGAGACUAGUUCUUCCCAAAGGAGCUACAAGAAGGACCAGGGCCCAUCAGGGGCCGAGUUGGAGAGACAGCAAAUCCUCCAGGAGAUGAGGAAGAAAACGUCUCUGCACAACGACAACAGCUGGAUCCGGCAGCGCAGUGCCAGUAUAAACAAAGAACCCAUUUGUCUGCCAGGCAUCAUGAGAAGAGGUGAAUCCCUGGAUAACCUGGAUUCCCAGAGAUCCAGCUCUUGGAAGCCGACCUCGCGGCUCAGUCAGUCCACAGGAAUCCACGCGUCCUCCUCUGUUCAAGACUUUAGUCACCCACCACCCCAGCUGUUGUCCACAUCCAACCGUGCCUACCUGCGGAACCCAUCCUCCAGUGUGCCCCCUCCCGCAGCUGGCCCUGGGAAGCCCACUGCCCAGACCCCCACCCUGCACAGCCAGUCGGCUUCCACUUCCCAGCCAGGCUCUCAGCCACGCAGCAGGUCAGUCAGUGGGAAGCGUGUGUGCUCCUGCUGUAAUAACAUUCUGGGCAAAGGAGCCGCCAUGGUCAUCGAGUCCCUGGGGCUUUGUUAUCAUUUGCAUUGUUUUAAGUGUGUGUCCUGCCAGUGUGACCUCGGAGGCUCUGCCUCAGGAGCCGAAGUCAGAAUCCGGAACAACCAGCUCUUCUGCAACGACUGCUAUCUCAGAUUCAAAUCUGGACGGCCAACUGCCAUGUGAUGUAACCCUGCAUACGAAAGCACUGAUGCAGAUAGAAGAGGAGGUGGUUGCUGCCGGUGUAGAUCAAUAAAUGUGUGUUGUAUGUCUUUUUCGCUCCCUUUUUAAAAAACUAGUCACUUGGUUUUUUUUUUUUUUUUUUGCCUCUUUAGAUUACAUAGCAACACUGCAGCCUUGAUAAAACUUGUAUUUUUGUUGUUUAUUUAUAAGAAGGAAAUUAUGUGUGUUGGGAAACAGUGCAGUAUUUACUUUUGGAAUUCAGACAUCAUAAAAGCACAAGGGAAAAAUAAAAACAAAAUAUUUUUUGAGGCUGAUAAUUGUCUAGUUUGAGUUUCUAGUGGUGUUUUGAAGAGGGUAUUUUAUUGCUUUUUUAAAAAAGUUCUCAAACAUUUGAAAUAGUUAAUAUAAAUACAUAAUUGCAUUUGCUGUUUAUUGAAAUGUAUGCUAAAUUAAUGCAAAGUAUAUGGGAAAUUUUGUUAAAAAUGCAUCUGCAAAUUUACUUUCCGUAUCUUGUUUUCCAUCUGUGUAAUACUAUUUUUAAAAAUUUUACCUCUGUAACACGUUAUUUGCUUGAUUAGGGGAGCUCCAUUUUCUGUACCAGAGUUGUUGCUAAGCAAUUCCCAAUAGCAGAGGGCUUAUUUUCACUAAUGACGGAUAACCAGGGUUUAUACGCUGGACAUUUUCUCCAGAAACCAGUGAGCAUUUCUGUUCAACUGCAUUUGUAAAUAAAUUUGCUGAUGUCUUUAAGA